AUGUUGACCUUCCCGGCUGAGGUCUCGGCCCCUGUCCCCACCUUCCUACCUACUCCGAGUGUGCAGCUAUGUCGCGCUCUCAGUGAAAGCAAAAGCCAUGAUAAUAUCGGUUUCAGAGCAGAUAUCCAACAGGCUUUGUAUGAGCUUGCAUACCAUGUUGUCAGAGGAAACUUAAAGCAUGAUCAAGCCUCUAAUGUUCUUGGUGAUGUCAUAGAAUUUCGGGAAGACAUGCCUUCCAUCCUAGCUGAUGUGUUCUGCAUAUUAGAUAUUGAAACAAGUUGCUUAGAAGAAAAAAGUAAGAGGGAUCAUUUUACCCAACUCGUAUUAGCCUGUUUGUAUCUUGUAUCUGACACUGUCCUGAAGGAGCGUUUAGAUCCAGAGACACUGGAGUCAUUAGGACUUAUCAAGCAGUCUCAACAGUUCAAUCAGAAAUCUGUUAAAAUAAAGACAAAACUAUUUUAUAAGCAACAGAAGUUUAAUUUGUUAAGAGAGGAGAAUGAAGGUUAUGCGAAGCUCAUUGCAGAACUGGGGCAAGACUUAUCUGGAAAUAUCACUAGUGAUUUAAUCCUUGAAAAUAUCAAAUCUUUAAUAGGAUGUUUUAACCUUGAUCCUAACAGAGUUUUGGAUAUUAUCCUAGAAGUCUAUGAGUGUAGGCCUGAGUAUGAUGACUUCUUUGUACCACUGAUAGAGUCUUACAUGUACAUGUGUGAACCUCAAACUCUAUGCCAUAUCCUUGGGUUCAAAUUCAAAUUUUAUCAGGAUCCAAGUGGUGAGACACCUUCCUCCUUAUACAGAGUUGCUGCUGUCCUUUUGCAACAUAAUCUCAUAGAUCUGGAAGAUCUUUAUGUUCAUCUUCUUCCAGGGGAUAAUGCCAUCAUUGAGGAACAUAAGAGAGAGAUAGUGGAAGCUAAACAAAUUGUCAGAAAACUUACGAUGGUCGUCUUAUCCUCUGAAAAGGCUGAGGAAAAGGAGAAGGAAAAAGAAAAAGAGGAGGAGAAAACUGAAAAGCCUCCUGAUAAUCAAAAGCUCGGUUUAUUGGAAGCUUUAUUAAAAAUUGGUGAUUGGCAGCACGCACAAAGUAUUAUGGAUCAGAUGCCUCCGUUUUAUGCUACUUCACACAAGCCUAUUGCAAUUGCCCUUUGCCAGCUUGUACACGUGACAAUUGAACCUCUGUACCGCAGAGUUGGUGUACCUAAAGGAGCUAAAGGGUCACCAAUUUCUUCUUUGCCAAACAAGAGAGCACCAAAACAAGCAGACAGCUUUGAGGACUUGAGAAAGGAAGUGUUCAACAUGCUUUGUUACCUCGGUCCUCAUCUCUCCCAUGAUCCCAUUUUAUUUGCAAAAGUGGUGCGCCUUGGAAAAGCACUUAUGAAAGAGGUUGGAACUAUGAAGAAGUUCGUCAGUGACAGAGUGGUUAAGUUUCAGUCUGAUGGAAGCAAACAAGAAGAUAAAGAGAAAAUGGAGAUACUGUUUAGCUGUUUGUUGAGUAUUACCGAUCAAGUCUUACUGCCAUCUCUUUCUUUGAUGGACUGCAAUGCAUGCAUGUCUGAAGAAUUAUGGGGAAUGUUCAAAACUUUUCCAUACCAGUACCGGUACCGUCUUUAUGGGCAAUGGAAGAAUGAAACAUACAACAGUCACCCACUUCUGGUGAAAGUUAAAGCUCAAACCAUAGACCGAGCCAAAUACAUAAUGAAGCGUUUAACUAAGGAAAAUGUGAAACCCUCCGGAAGACAAAUUGGGAAGCUCAGCCACAGCAAUCCUACAAUUUUAUUUGAUUAUAUUUUAUCACAAAUACAAAAAUACGAUAACUUGAUAACUCCGGUUGUUGAUUCACUGAAAUACCUCACUUCACUGAACUAUGAUGUCUUGGCAUACUGUAUCAUUGAAGCUCUGGCAAACCCUGAGAAGGAGAGAAUGAAGCAUGAUGAUACUACCAUCUCAAGCUGGCUGCAGAGUCUGGCUAGCUUUUGUGGUGCGGUUUUCCGAAAAUACCCAAUUGAACUUGCUGGUCUACUCCAAUAUGUAGCCAACCAACUGAAAGCUGGGAAAAGCUUUGAUUUGCUUAUUUUAAAAGAGGUAGUACAGAAGAUGGCAGGGAUAGAAAUUACAGAAGAAAUGACAAUGGAACAAUUGGAAGCCAUGACUGGUGGAGAACAACUAAAAGCUGAGGGUGGAUACUUUGGCCAAAUCAGGAAUACAAAAAAAUCUUCUCAGAGAUUGAAAGAUGCGUUAUUGGACCAUGACCUUGCCCUUCCAUUGUGCCUGCUUAUGGCUCAACAGAGAAAUGGUGUGAUCUUUCAAGAGGGAGGGGAAAAGCAUCUGAAGCUGGUGGGAAAACUGUAUGAUCAGUGCCAUGACACCCUGGUACAAUUUGGUGGGUUUUUAGCAUCCAAUCUAAGCACAGAGGAUUACAUUAAGCGAGUGCCUUCUAUUGACGUUCUCUGUAAUGAGUUUCACACACCUCACGAUGCCGCAUUUUUCCUCUCAAGACCCAUGUAUGCACACCAUAUUUCAUCAAAGUAUGAUGAACUAAAAAAAGCUGAGAAGGGAAAUAAACAACAGCACAAAGUUCACAAAUACAUUACAUCCUGUGAGCUGGUGAUGGCUCCUGUUCAUGAUGCUGUGAUUUCUCUGCACCUUCCCAAGGUUUGGGAUGACAUCAGUCCUCAGUUUUAUGCUACGUUCUGGUCUUUGACAAUGUAUGACCUUGCCGUCCCACAUAGUAGCUAUGACAGAGAAGUCAAUAAACUUAAAGUCCAGAUGAAAGCCAUAGAUGACAAUCAGGAAAUGCCUCCAAAUAAAAAGAAAAAAGAAAAAGAACGUUGCACAGCACUUCAGGACAAGCUCCUUGAAGAGGAGAAGAAGCAGUUGGAGCAUGUGCAAAGGGUUCUACAGAGACUGAAAUUAGAGAAGGAUAACUGGCUUCUGGCAAAGUCAACCAAAAAUGAGACUAUCACAAAAUUUUUGCAGUUAUGCAUAUUUCCUCGAUGCAUUUUUUCGGCAAUCGAUGCAGUUUAUUGCGCUCACUUUGUAGAACUGGUGCAUCAGCAGAAAACACCCAACUUCUCCACACUUCUCUGCUAUGACAGAGUUUUCUCUGAUAUUAUAUAUACAGUUGCAAGUUGCACUGAAAAUGAAGCUAGUAGAUAUGGCAGAUUUUUAUGCUGUAUGCUGGAGACUGUGACUAGAUGGCACAGUGACAGAGUCAUAUAUGAAAAGGAAUGUGGCAACUAUCCAGGCUUCCUAACUAUAUUACGAGCAACUGGAUUUGAUGGUGGAAAUAAAGCUGAUCAAUUGGAUUAUGAGAAUUUUAGACAUGUGGUACACAAAUGGCACUAUAAGUUAACUAAGGCUUCUGUGCACUGCCUUGAAACCGGUGAAUAUACGCAUAUCAGAAAUAUCCUGAUUGUGCUGACCAAAAUCCUUCCAUGGUAUCCAAAAGUGCUGAACCUGGGCCAAGCCUUGGAAAGAAGAGUACAUAAGAUAUGUCAGGAAGAGAAAGAGAAGAGACCUGAUCUAUAUGCAUUGGCUAUGGGCUAUUCUGGGCAGUUGAAAAGUAGGAAGCCUUUCAUGAUACCUGAAAAUGAAUUCCACCACAAAGACCCACCUGCCAGGAAUGCUGUAGCUGCAACAGUACAAAAUGGGCCAGGUGGUGCUGGGAUGCCUACAUCUCUCUCAAUAAAUACAGUUAGACUGGAAGAAGGCACUACUGAGGAGACUGACAAACUAAAGGAGAAGUCUCAGGGUGUGGUGAAAGUUAUUAAUAAAGCUGUCAAUGCUACACCAAAGGUGACAACAAGCAAUGGAAACAGUGCUUCUAAUAGCAAAAUUAUUAAAGAGAAAGAGGAGAAAGAAAAAAGCGGGAAGGAAAAAGAUAAAGAAAAAAAAGACAAGACUCCAGCUGCCACUCCAGAGAUGAAGGCACUUGGAAAGGAUGGGAAAGAUAAACCAAAGGAAGAACGGGCAAACAAAGAUGAUAAAGCAAGAGAGAUCAAGGAGAAAACACCAAAAUCUGACAAAGAGAAGGAAAAAGUCAAGAAAGAAGAAAAAGCUUCAAAAGAAGAAAAAUCCAAGACGGUUGUUACCAUCGUUGAGUCAAAGUCAACUGCAGAAAAGGAGAGAGAAAAGGAGCCAUCCAGAGAAAGAGAUGUAGCAAAGGAAAUGAAAUCCAAGGAAAAUGCUAAAGGAGGAGAAAAGAUGCCAGUAGCUGGGUCCUUGAAGUCACCUGUUCCCCGAUCAGAAACAUCAGAAUCUGAAAGGGAACAAAAACGCCGCAAAGUUGAUACACAUUCUUCUCCAUCACAUUCCUCAACAGUAAAGGACAACCUCAACGAACUCAAGGACUCAUCAGCAAAGCACUACAUUAACCACACUACUCCAACACUGUCCAAGAGUAAGGAGAGAGAAGUGGACAAGAAAGAUUUGGACAAGUCAAGGGAAAGAUCCAGAGAGAGAGAGAAGAAAGAUGAAAAGGACAGGAAAGACCGUAAAAGGGAUCAUUCAAACAGUGACCGAGAGGUACCACAGGAUUCAACUAAACGACGCAAAGAGGAAAAUGGGACAACUGGUUCUUCAAAACAUAGUAAAAGUGAAAGUCCUUCUGAUUCCCCUCGCUUAAAUGAAAAAGAGAAGGAGAAGAACAAAUCAAAAUCUUCAGGAAAAGAGAAAGGUGAUUCAAUUAAGGCAGAAAAGAUGGAGAAGAGCUCCUCUGGUAGCAAAAAGGUAAAAUAA